AUGGACAACUUCCCUGCUACAAUCAGCAAUCCCACAUCGACAGAGGAAGUUAGUAUGAUUGUGAUGGCCACGGAUAGCCCAACCUGGAUUAUAGCGACAUCAUCGGCGACAUCGACGUCUGCAGCUGCUCCUUCUGCUUCCAGCAUGUCUCCCGAGCCUUCAGCAACAUCCGGUGCCAGUGCCAUGUCUAAUACAGCACCCCCUAGUGGAGGUCUCACAACCCCUCAAAUAGCCGGGAUAGCCGUCGGCGGUGCCGCCACCGUGAUGGUCGUUCUGGGGUUGUUCUUGCUUGCAUUAUGGAUGCGCCGACGGCGCCGUCAACGCCGUCGAAGUCAGAGGCGCUCAAGGGUGAUAGAGCAGACUCCUCCUCCGGAUUAUCAAAGUCCACCCAAAAAGGCUACACCGACAUUCGACAACAUUGGCUCCUCGCUGACAGUGCCUCACGCGAACGGUCGCUUCUACGGUGCCCAGCAGCCAAUGGAAGAGAAGAGGAGGAGCUUCUGGCGAAAGAGCAUUCGACCAGAAGACAUCGGCGUCGCAGUUUCGCCGGAGAUACCUGGCGAACACUCUCCUGUGAGCGCAUCGUCCGAGCAGAGUUUCUCUCUCCUACUACCCACCGCGCCUGUUGCAGCACUGCGACCUGCGCCGCUUGAUCUUGAGGCUACAAGGGAUCGCAGGAGAUAUACACAACGGCCUGUUAGUGACACCACCGAGUUUGAUGAGGAACCACAAAUGAGAGCGCAAGAGCCCGAGCGGAUUCUCAUUGACAACCAGCCAUUUAUCCUAGAGAAGCCGCCACUGGCGAAAAGGCCACGAGGAGCUCCACCGAAUUUAAAACUGCCAGCGGUGCCUGAAAGCUCUCCCCGAAAUGCAUCACACGCACGAAUCCCCCUGACACCCACGUAUGACAACGGAAACAUCGAUUUCGCAUCACCACCACGCAGCGUUCUUUCGCCUAUGGCAACACAAGGAUCGCUCCCUGUAGCAGAACGCAAGUUGCCUUCAUCAUCAACGUACGCGAACAGAAAUGUCUUGCGGAAGAAUCCUCCACAAAGACUGCCCCUUCGAGCACCCAUGUCCGGAAGAAGGGAGAUCGCAGCAAUGCAGAGACAGAGCUCUGUCAGCUCCGUAUAUACCGAGAUAGAAGAAGACACGACACCGGAAGAGAUGAACAAACAGCUUGGGCUGCGAGCCAACCCGCCAACAGCUAUCAACUCGACGUUUCCGCAACAAGUCGCUGCGGACCGGGGGAGCCCGAUCAAGGCUCUAAGAUACCCCCAAAUACCGCGCUCGGCGGCCGUAUCGAGGCAAGCAGAGAGGCCUGCACAACCUCGCGCAAGCCCUGGUUUGGCGUCACCUCCAGUGCCUGCCCCGAGAACCAUGCCAGCCGUGCGACCAAGGAGGGACGAGCUUGUCCGAGCCGAAGCCAGCUUCAUGCAAACAGAUACAACUUCCUCGGACGGAUAUUAUUCCGACUCGACCAUCGAAUUUCCGAUUCCACCCACAUCGAAGACUCGAAUGUCAAGCCUAUCUCAACUGAGAAACAAUCCCUCUAGUGGGAACAAAGGCAUUUUACCUCCAAAGACGCUCACAUUUCUGCAUGGGGAGUCCUCCCCGGAGACAAAGACCGUGGAUGUCACAUUACCGCAGCGGUCGCCGUCCACCAAAGCUCGAUUGACACCGAGUAAAUCAAGCACUGGGGAUUUGUACCUGACCGUUGAGAUCUGA